CCUUUCGAUUUAUCAUCUGUGCGCUGCCUGACAUCUUUCUUUGUACAAUUUCUGUAGUCUCUCGUGAAAAAUCCCGUUAUUUCGCUUUCGUAAUUCAUCUAACAAAGGUAUUAUCUGUUCGCGAGUGUUCUUCGUAAUUUGUGGGAAAACAAGUAAAAAUUAACGACCGUUCCAAGAUACGGUGUUAAUAAUUUAUUUUCAUUAAAAAAUUAUCGAUUUUAGUCAUCUCGUCGAGAAGAAUUGUUUUCAUGCUGUUUAUUUAUUAGUGCCGUCGGGUGACUGGCGAACGAGCAACAAUUUUCGGGUCACAGUCCAACCUAAGAGUGAGCCGUGUCUUGGGGAAAAAGCACACCGGGCACUACGGUGGCCCCAGAUACACCGGCCCCAGCGCCCCAGCCUCCCGUGGAAGGGAUGCGGCGCGUUACAGCACGCUUCGACUAAGUCCUCGACGUAAACAGCCGUUUCCUCUCGAGGGCUCAUGAUUGAUCGCGAUACGAACUGCCAAUAGCUAUGACUGAUGCACGUGCGUCAUCUAGUUCACUCACGGCAGGAGAAGGGGUGCUGGAGAUGACAGGCACAGAUAAUAUACGGUUUAGCGGGUCAACGCUAGACAAAGCCACCAAAGCCAAGGUCACCUUAGAGAAUUUUUACACGAACCUCAUCACACAACACUUAGAAAGAAAACAGAGGCUCGAAAAGUUAGAAGAGUCUCUGAAAGAUGACAGUCUUACAGAGAGCCAAAAGAAAGAGAAAAGACAACAACAUGCUCAGAAGGAGACCGAGUUCCUCAGACUCAAAAGGUCGAGGCUCGGCGUCGAAGACUUUGAACCGCUUAAGGUUAUCGGACGAGGCGCCUUCGGAGAAGUUCGACUGGUGCAAAAGAAAGAUACAGGACACGUUUACGCUAUGAAAAUACUCAGGAAAGCUGACAUGUUAGAAAAAGAACAGGUAGCCCAUGUUCGCGCAGAACGUGACAUCUUAGUAGAAGCCGACCACCAAUGGGUCGUCAAAAUGUACUACAGUUUCCAAGACCCCAUGAACUUGUAUUUGAUCAUGGAGUUCUUACCUGGUGGCGACAUGAUGACGUUGCUCAUGAAGAAGGAUACCCUCAGUGAAGAGUGCGCGCAGUUCUACGUGGCCGAGACGGCACUCGCGAUUGACAGUAUACACAAGCUGGGCUUCAUACACAGAGACAUAAAGCCUGAUAACUUACUAUUGGACGCCCGCGGCCACAUCAAACUAAGUGACUUCGGUCUCUGCACCGGCCUCAAGAAGAGUCAUCGCACAGACUUCUACCGGGAUCUCUCGAGAGCAACACCCUCAGAUUUCACUCUACACUUCAAUUUCUCGUAUGCAGUAUCGACGUCAUCGUCGGCCAUGGACUCGAAGCGGCGGGCCGAGUCGUGGAAGAGGAAUAGACGGGCUCUGGCCUACUCGACUGUGGGCACGCCCGACUACAUAGCCCCCGAGGUAUUCCUGCAGACCGGGUACGGCCCGCAGGCAGACUGGUGGAGUCUCGGCGUUAUCAUGUACGAGAUGUUGAUUGGCUACCCUCCGUUCUGUUCGGAGUCCCCACAGGAGACGUACAGGAAGGUGAUGUCGUGGCGGGAGUCCCUCACCUUCCCGCCAGAAAUACCCAUCAGUGAGGAGGCACGGGAGACCAUAUUACGCUUCUGUUCAGAACCAGACCGCAGAUUGGGUUCUCAACGCGGCAUCGAGGAUGUCAAGUCGGUGUCGUUUUUCCGGGGCGUCGACUGGAGCCACGUGCGGGAGCGCCCCGCCGCCAUCUCCGUGGAAGUGCGCUCCAUAGACGACACCUCCAAUUUCGACGACUUCCCAGACGUCAAGCUGGAAAUACCAUCAGCGCCAAUCCCACAAGACGGCGAGGUGGCGUACAAAGACUGGGUGUUCAUCAACUACACGUUCAAGCGGUUCGAGGGGCUCACGCAGCGCGGGACUCCCACCAAGAAGUGAAGCUUCGGCCCCUGAGUAACACUGCUUUCAGUCUAAACUGCUGCAGCCCCUGCGCUACCUAGCCUUGCCAAGCAAUAUAGAUGUUAACCUUCGUUAGGCGAUCGAUAGCAGCGCUAGACAGCCCCUGGCUUCGUAUCUUACUGCCUGCUAUGUUAUUAUUACUUUAGUACGUACGAUAGGCAUACGGUAGGUGGUCUACACUUAAGAAAUCAGAAAGAUAGACCUAAGUGCAGUUUAAUGAUAGAGUUAUUGAGACAAAUCCUUAGUAAUAUCUUUCUUUAUUUAAUAAGAUCUCGAAAGUUAACCCUUAGAUGUCAUCCUCGGAUAUAAUGAUCGUAAUAUAGCAAUACAUCGCUAGGUAGGUCUGUCCGCUCUUUGUUUCUAACUAUACUGAAAUAAAAGUGCGAUUAUUUCAUAAUGUAACAUGUAUGAUACGGCGUAAAGUUAAAGCUAUAAGUCUCGUGUGCCUACCUCUAUUUGUGCCUACCUCUGCAUGCAUUUGCGACACUUUAGUCUGAAAGCAGUCCAAUAAUAAUUGAUGACAAUCCUGUAACAUCACCGUUUGACUGUAUGUAGUGAUAUGAAUUGUGUGUCUGAUCACAACUACCCCAACCUGUUGCGCUUGCCUAGCUAUCGUCGGUGCAAGCCGACCACGUGGUCUAGUGGAUUAAUUCGAUCAAUUUAAUUUUAACAUUGUUCUUUAGUAUUUCGUCGGAAUAACUUAAUUAUGAAGUAACGAAUACAAGUUGUGUAUUGUCGAUGACGCUGAUUUACUUGACAAUAUUCUCGCACUGAAUGCUCUUGUUUUGAAUGUAUAUAUUGCUCGUAGACAAUUUUACAAAUACUAUUUUACUAAUCGAAAUCUUUACUUGCCAUUUCUUUCUGCUUCUUCCUUUCGAGAUAGGCAAAAAUAGGAUCGCCGUGAUUGUUUACUUACAAAUACAAAAGUGACAAUGAAAUAUUUUGAUGUAAUAAUAAUUGUACAGUGCAUAGGUCUAGGCUAACAUUGGAUAUUGAUAUUUUUAAAGUUAUAGUAUUAAAGAAACCAAAUAAUGAAAUGUAAAAGAGAAUACGUUAAAACAAAGAAAUUAAUAUUUCCGAAGCUGAUUUGCCCAUGAUAUUGACGACACGCUUUUUGUCUUCUUCGCUUUGAUAUGUUUAUUAUAAUUGUUGUUAUGGUUUAUUUAGUAUCGAGGGAUGCACUCGUUAUCGAUACCAAUACGUCGUAGAGAUAGUGUACGUGACGAACUAACAGAAUGACUAUGAAAUGAUCACGAGUAAGAAUUUAUCAUAAAGCUUUCAUCGAAAUUGCCAAAUGUAUACUGCCGACGAGUAGGGAGGUAAUAUCGAAACUUUGCAAUAAAUCAUUGAUGAUAUCUCUUAAAUUAUAUUAUACACAUUUAUUUGAUUGCGCUAUUUAUACGAUAUCGCUACGUUACUUGUUCGAACUGGCAAUAAAAUGUGUUCUAUUUAUUAUUCAAGUUUUGUAAUAAUUUUAGUUAGGAGUUACGUGCAUCAAGUGAAUUACUGUUCAGUUUUGCCCGUUUCUGAGGCUUGAUUAUAGCCAUGUUAACAUCACUUCGACAGCUGAAGUUUGUAUUGAAAUUUUCGGAUAGUGAGUGCUAUCGUAUUCAGUGUUUCGGAGUACAAUAAACUCGUGAAGUUGGACGAUGCACUUGCUGAUGGAGUUAAUAUAGUUUUGAGUGAAUUGCCAACGUUUUAGUGGUAGGCAUUCAGCCACGACUUGCCUUAACCCUUAGCCAAUAAGGCACGAAUACGAAGCGAGCAAUAAUGCACUCUGACGCCGAACUGCUUGAGACAAUAUUCUGUUGAUUAAGUUAAUAAAAUACCUCAUAAGCUGCAAUAACAUACGUGAUAGAUUGUAAUUGUAAAAAUAAAAGUGUCUUUACAUAUAGUGGUGCGUCUAGAAAUAUUGAAGUAACUAAUCUAUAGCAUAGGAUGAGUUUUUGAAAUAAAAUAAGAGAAACGAAAAAAUUACAAAAAAUAAAUUAUAAUAAUAUGCUUAUUUUUGAAGGAAUAUACAAUGCACUGCUUUCACUGUUCUUUGUAAUAGUUUUGAUGUGUCACUUCAAAAACUUACCCUGUACAGCGUCGGUAUUGAAACUGUAACUGGACAGUUACGUUACAUUUCCUGUACCCUUAGUAGGAGUUUGCUUGACGUUGAAUGAAAACGAAACGAGCGCGCUCUUUCGGCGCUCUGAUUGGUUGGUUCAUCCGCAAUGACGAAUCAGAGCGCCGAUCGCACUCUUGUUUCGUUUUCGUUCAACGUAGGUACUACAAACUCGUACUAAGGGUACUGUACACGACAAGAAAAUACGAGAGGGUGUGUGUUAUCAUUGUAUCAAUAUACGACGUGUACAUUAUACACGUUAGAUACGUGCCCUGCGUCGCAUGCGACUUAAUCUGUGUUUACAAUAUCGUAUUUUCUUAUCGUGAACUACUCAUUAGGCACUCCUAUCACAACUAAUAUCUAAAUAAUUACUUUCUUUAUUUAAUGUUUGAAUUAUUUUAUUUUUAUUUAAUAUUCGAUUAUUAUAAAUUAAUAUAUCUACUAUUUAAUCGACAGGAAUACUUCCCUCUCUCCCUCUCUCUCAUAACUAUUACUAUUCAAAAGUAAAUACUUACCUAUUUAUAUUUUAUAUUUACACAAAUAAUAGUGUACGAGAAUGUAUAUUUAAAAGGCCGCGUUCAAUUCAUUCGCAAUAGAAUUCCGUCCAAAAUUAUGUUACUAUAAUGAAAGUAUUUUACCAAAAAUAUUAAUAUAUUUACCUUUAUGUAGUUGGCGUUGUAUGCUAGUAGGAAACUUUUCUUACCUAUUUAUUUUAUGGAUUUUCGAGGCUUUAACCGACUUGAAAUAAAUGUUCUGAAACAAGAUUGUAGACUGAAUCGAGAGACAUUGACUUGACGUGAAUACGCGGCUACUUGGACAAUCCUGAUAGGAUGGCUUCUGAUUUUGCAUCUGACUUAUGUGAAGCAAUAAAAGGUCCAUGAAGGUUCGAUGCAUGCUAGGCUACCCAGCCGGCUUGCUUCACUACACCUUGUAAACUACGGACGCGAGGCGAGACGCGACCUGUAUCCGAGCUAAUAAAUUAAAAUCGCUCGCUGUCUCGUCAAUAUGAAGUGUUACACCAACGUAUUCAUGUCAAUUAAUUUAAGAUUGCUAUCUCUGCCUGUCCCGUUUACCUUGCAACCAAACUUAUGAAUUUAAAAUUGUUAGUAUGAGCAAUAUUAGCUAUUAAAGAGAGAGGUUGGUAUUCCUGGAUUUAACUGGCUUUAGCGAAGUACGUAUGUAUACCUGUCCUUGUCGCUCAAAUAUUUUCUGUAAGCGCAAGACAGAGAGGAGUGUACGCUAAAGUAUGUGUUGAAUAAUUUCUUCUUUUCACAAUUAUUCUUUCUAUCUUUCUACACUGCUCCCUAGUUCGUGUGUGUUAUAUUUUGUGUACGUUUGUUAUAGUAUGUAAGACAGAUGUUACCGGCAAUGGAUACAGCACAUUCAAUAUAAUGACAUCCAAACAGAUUUGUCAUUAGUAUUUACAGAUUUGUAAAGAUUUUAUUUGUGUUCUUGUGUGAGUGUAAGAAAUAAGUCGAGUUAUACUCACACUCCAAGUAAUGCGCCGCUACUAGUAACACCUACCUCAAAUUACCGGUACAUUGAACUUAGCACAAACGUAGUCAGUGGCUAGAGAAGUAGGAUUUGUAUUAUAGGAAUAAUGUUAAAGUGUUAAAAGAUUAAAAUACAUUAAUUUGCUUAUCAAUCAGAGAUAUUUUUAGAAGAUAUUGUUCCUGUUUAUUAACGCCAUUGUGGCUCAAUGUACACGUUGUUAGAGCUGGUAAUGUGAGGUAGGCUCAAUUCGGACCUGUCUCCUAGGCCCAGGUUAUACCUCGCAUUUAAUGGUCACUACGUAUUGUAUAGUACAAUGGAACAGCACAUUGCCGGUAACUAAUAUAUCAUAUGCACGUUGCAAGGAAUGUUUUGCUGUUAUAACGAAGUAAAAUCUUUAGAGUAGAAGAGUAUCACAGAAAUCCACGAAUUACACCGUGCGAACAAGUUGCUUCCAUUUUAUUAUAGUAUUCUGAUUUUGUACAAGUAUACAAUAUACAUCAAGAAAUUGUUAAUUUUAUACGAACGUACAUUUAUGUAUUAUCCAUUACAUAUGUAUGUAGGUACAUAUGCAGUGCGAAUAAGAGGUACGAAGAUAAAUGUGCAAUAAUUACAAUUCGAUGUAGAUCAAAGUAUAUUUUUUCAAGGAAAAUUAUGCUUAAGCCGGUUGCAGACCAAGAGUUAAGCUAAGUUAGUUUAGCUUAGUUCUCAUUGUUUGCGGUUUAUCUGCACGCAAGUAUGGAUAACUGCGUCGACUAUGCUAAAUGAGCUAAUCUAACUUAGCUUAGCUUUUGGUUUGCAAUCGGGUUUAGGCUGAUAACGCACUUGUAACUCCACACUGGUGUUGCGGAUGUCUAUAGGCGGCGCCGAAUGCUUACCAUCAGGUGCCCCGUCUGCUCGUUUGCGAGCCUAUGCUAUAUAAAAAUAAGUAAUAUACAAAGUUAACGAUCACGUUACUUGUCAGCCACAAACUGUAUUUAGCAAAGGAUGCAGUUUCUGCGUGGAAUAUGAACGAUAAAUAUUUCUACAUGAUUUCCGAUCGUACUUCUUUAUUGUACGCACGUAGGUAUGUAAUCGCAGUCAAUGUCUAUCAACCCUCUUAUAUCCUACACUAAUUCUAAAUACAAUAUCAAAUUAAAUACUACACAAUAAAUACAAUAUCAAAUUAAAUAAUACACAAUAAACAAUCACACUAAAACAGCGACAUUUUUCUAUAUUAAUAUAGGUAUUCAAAAGGCGAUCUUUUUUCUUUCUCUAAGUUUUUAUCUUUUUCUUAUUAUCAGCACGUUAUUUAAAUAUAAUGUUGUUAUAUACAAAAUCACGGAUUUUUGCACACAACUUAUCAAAUUGUCUGCUGUACUAACACGCUGACAGACAGAGAGUCGCCACGUCCAGUCACUAGCCCCGUGAGGGCAGUAGGUAGCGUGACUCGUGAUACCUGCUACACAAUUCUAAGCAUCACUGAUUUACGUAAGUUAGACGUUACGAUGGCCGCGCGCGGGUUCUACUCGAUAUCACAGAUUCGCCAGCUUCCGUGCCGCAGUCACGUCACUCGAGCCGGAGGUGAUAGAUUAUUUAUAAGUAUAGGUGUAUUUUUGUGUCUGUUUAAAUACCUUUAGGAAAUUCCUGACUACAGCGACAGGUCGCGUUCUAAUCGUUAGAAAAUAAAUGAAACUGAAAAUAAUAUCCUAUAAUAUUUUUACACUAACAUAGUAAGCACAUUAUAAUUCUCAUUACGUAAUAUUAACUUGUACAAACUGACAAAUUCUCUUUUUUAUAGAUAUUAAUAAAUAGUACAACUUAGUUGCACGCUAAUACUGAACUUCGUUUGUGUAUCUUUGAAGCUCUACAACUUGUAUAUGAUGCAAGCCGUGGUAUGCUGUAACGACUCCCCGUGCUUGCCAGUAUACUGACAACUGAGUACUCGCAAGCUCCUCGAAGCCUCGUCACAUCAUAUCACAGCGUGUGUCGGACAACUUCGUAUGUAGUAUGUUUCUAUGGGAAACAAUCUCUCUCGACCGUGUCCAACAUAACGUGACCACUCGUACUAUCUUCUAUGAAGACCCUGUGCGCUGCACGUGGCACGCUGCGUGUGCUACCACAGGGCCGUUACGUUGGCACAGGGCCGACCGGAGCGGAGGACGGCCACCUUCUAACUACAAUUCUUCCUCUAUUUUGCAUCUAACGCUCUGAUUGUAUCAGUUAGCCUUCUGCUUAGCAUAGUACUAAUAUGACAAGUUUGGUGUUGUAUAAUUUUAAUGUUAGCAGUUUGUAUAAUUUGGAUUCGAUGUGUGUUGAUUUAGUUGACACGUUGGCUGCAGAAACCGCCCUGCACGCUGUGCAUCAUCGCGUGUAAGUACUGAGUGUAGAGUGAUGCGCCGGCGCCGGCGGGGGCUUUCCGCGGUGAACUGCGUAGUGUGACGUUUGUGAGGGCUGUUCGGGCGGGCGGACUCGGGGGCUCCACUAGCUCCGUGCUACUGUUUCCACUAACACUGGUUGCUGUGAACUGUACGCCACAAUAUUGCCAUUCACUGCACACAAGUAUUGCAAUGUCUGACAUCAAUAUAAUUGAUGUGGUUUAUUUAGCUUGCACAGUAAGAUUGCGUGUACUUUGCGAAAGUUGCUCACAUUUGCCAAAAUUUUGUCUGUCAAUUACUUUAUCUCUUUGGCUUACGUACAUUACGUGUAUAUGGCACAUUAUGAUAUAUAAUAUAUUGGUAUUAAUGAAUAUUCUUCACACUUCAUAGAGGCUAUAAGUAAGCGAGUCUCAGAGACUUAUAUACAGUGCGCACCGUUCACACGAAUAGCCCAUUAGUGAUGUAGUUGUUAACUCCAUUCAAUUUAGUUGAAUUAUUUCGUUUUUGUCAAUAAUACAUAUUAAUUUAAGAGUAAUUUAAUUAUUGUAUCACAGUUGAGAACGAGGUCGGCUCGCUAUAUGACGCUGCGUUCAUGUGACCUGAACAUGGAGCAUUGAACACUACUAUUUGUUUACUUCUUUGAACUGAUAACAAUAAAAUAUCGUAAUGUUAUUUAGCGGUAACUUUUGUUGUAAGGCGAGCAACUGCGUUCUCUAUCGCAAGUAAAUACACAAGCAUUGUGAUGUCGCACCGUUAAGAAUUACAUUGACACAAAUGCCUAUUCUUGAAAUUUACUUUGUUAUAACUAAAUGCUUUACAGCAACAACCAAGUCUACGUGUUAUUUUUGUAUAUAAAUGAAGAAAACAUUUUGUUAUUUUGAAUUGAAUCAUUUUAUGCCUUCACGUCUUUGUUCUUCCUUUUACUUUUUAUUAUUUAUUUAAUUAAUUUUAGUGUAACAAUGACAAAAGGCUGCAUACGCUGUAUAUAUUGAGGAACUGUAAUAUAAGACCAAUAUUUAUGAAGGAAAUGUAAUCAAGAAUCUGGCUACAGUUGUCUUUAAGUUGGAAGCAAAUGAGUUGAUAAAUUUUCAAGUCUAGUUGUGUUAAUGUUAUUUUUUAUGGUGCGACGUGAGAUAUCGUUCAGUCAAUGAAUGUAUUUUGUUUUAUUAUAUGAAAUGUGUUAGUGACAAUCGUACGUAGGGAGUUAUCAGUGCUGUGGCACUUUUAGUCACAUCACAUGAGUGUCAAAUACAAAUUAAGUGCGGAUAAUAGGCUAUUUGACAAGAUUUCACAUUAUUUAAUAGUGAGUAUACCACCAUAUAUACCCCAUAAAUAUUAGUUAUUUUCGUAUUAAAUAUUCCACAAAAACGUUUCUACAUGCAAGAUUGCUCCGCAUGGGCUUGUGACUUUCUUGUCGGUAAAUUAUCCUGUGAUUUAAGUAAAAUAAUAAUUGGCUCUUGUAUUAAUACUUUGAAGGGAGUUUCACGUUCAAGUUUCAGUUUAAAAUAAACACAAGAUUAUAACACAAAACUAAAUUUGUUUCUAGCAUGUGAUGUCACAAUCGAUUCGACUAAUCAUAACUAAGUCAUGUGAUUGGCGUAUAACAAUAACCCUUUUUAAUUAGGGUCUUUAAUUAAUCAGAAAUAUAUUCAAGUUAAAUAGCACUGUCAAAUAGCCUAUUGUCCCUGCGUAUGACACGUAUCUUCUCCCUGGUACGUUGACAAGAUUAUAUCAUGAAAUCAAUAUGUAUAGUGGCUCUGGCCAGUCUAUCAGAGAUGUUGUUUUAUAUUGUGAUGUAUAGAGCGUCGUUGCAAGGCGAGGGAUCCGGCCGCGAUCAAAUAAAUCAUAGCUAUUCGCUUUGUUAUUGUUGUUCGAAAUAAUGAUAAUGAAAAAUAAUUAUGAGUUAUUUAAUUUCAUUAAUUGUAAGUCUUUAAGUAUUUUGUUUAAUACUUUUAUUGUUUCUUCCAUGUGAUUUAAGAAAGUGGCAAUACGAUUAAGCAUUAAAGCGAUAUGAACUUUGA